AUGGCUUCAUUUCAUCAUUCAUGGCGAUUCGUCUGCUGCUUCUUCAGCAUCAUCGUCCAUGGCGGUUCUGCUCUCUACCAUGGCUACGUGCCGAGCCCAUGGACCCUCGCCCACGCCACGUUUUACGGGGAUGAAUCCGCAUCUGCAACAAUGGGAGGUGCUUGUGGAUACGGGAACUUGAUCAGUAAUGGAUACGGGAUCGAUACAGCGGCAUUGAGCUCGACGAUCUUUAACGACGGAUAUGCGUGUGGGCAGUGUUAUCAGAUACGGUGUGUUCAGUCUCCAUGGUGCUAUACGGGUUACACCACCGUGACCGCCACCAACCUCUGCCCGCCCAACUGGUCUCAGGAUUCCAACAACGGCGGAUGGUGCAAUCCUCCCAGAACCCAUUUCGACAUGGCUAAACCUGCAUUCAUGAAAAUUGCUCAAUGGAAGGCCGGCAUCGUCCCCGUCAUGUACCGCAGGGUUCCAUGUAACUCGAUUAGGAAAGGUGGUAUUCGAUUUGCGUUCCAAGGAAACGGGUACUGGCUUUUGGUGUAUGUUAUGAACGUCGCGGGUGCGGGUGACAUCAAACAGAUGUGGGUGAAAGGAACCAAGACCGAUUGGAUCAGCAUGAGCCAUAACUGGGGAGCUUCGUACCAAGCAUUUGCAACUCUUCAGGGUCAAGCCCUCUCUUUCAGGCUAACUUCAUACACCACCAAACAAACCAUUACGGCUUACAACGUUGCACCGACUAAUUGGAACUUAGGGUUAACAUACCAAGCCAACGUCAACUUCCAUUGAUUCAACAGUUCAUGUUGUGCAGAGUUUUUUUUUAUUAACCUGGAUAUCCAACCCACUAUGUUGUUGUGCAGAGUUGCUACUCACUUUUCUUGAACAUCAGGUUUGUUUUGUUGCAUGUUAUUUGAAAGGGUUUGAGUCAUUGUUCCGUUAAUGCUA